GAAACUACUUCGGCUUAGCUCUAGUUUGGAAAAACUACUGCGAAAGAAGUAACUUUAGUAGUUUAUUAAGUAAAAUAUACUUUAUAUAUAAUUGAAUUGUAGUUAAAUUUGUUGGUGCAUUGCAGAAUAAUGAUGUAUAUAAACACCUGCAGGUUUAAGCACAUUCUCAUAGUCAUAUAGUUCAGUUACAGUUAGGAUUGAAAUAAACUUUUCCUCCUACACUUAAUCAACACAACACAACAAACGAUUUACAGUGAUAAACCCUCAGAACCUUUCCAGAACAAUGUCCUUGAUAAAAGCGAGCUGACAUUUGUACCAGUCAAAGUUCACUGUCUGUCAUAAAGUGAGAGACACACCUUCAAGACGAGAGCCUUCACUCUACGCAGUCCUUUCAAUUUUUAAAACUUUAUCCAUUAAGCACAGAACAUGUCUCAGGGUUUUCAAAAUGUUCUUGAAGAAUGGAGCAGUCUGGAGGUGGAGUACAUGCGUGCUCAGGUAAGAAAUCAUUGUGCUCAACCUUUAAUGGAAUCGCAACAUUGUGACAAUUACAAUGGGAUAUGUUUGCCUUACUUGCUCGUCCUCUUGUAAAACUGAAUUGUAAAGUCAAUAUUGUUGUUGUUGUCACCCAGGAAACACACAGACUGUACCUGCAGAAACUGGAUGAAAUCUCCAAACUUCAGCAAAGUUGCUCUUUGUCGAUUUCACGGCAGAGAAAAAGACUGAAGGAGAUGUCGCAGCUUAUGAAAACGAAUGGUGGAUUAUUGGACAUUGGACAGACCCUGGAGGAAAAGAAACAGAUAAUAAGGACACAAGAAAACUCCUUGUUUGAGAUGGAGGCUUUUCUUCCCAAAAAAAAUGGUCUUUAUCUCAGCCUUGUUCUUGGGAAUGUUGAUGUCACAUUUCUCAGCAAACAAUUAAAGUUUGCCUACAAAGAUGAGUACGAGAAGUUCAAGCUGCACCUCACCAUCAUCCUGCUGCUCUUCUCCUUCAUCUGCUACUUCUUUGUCAGCUACAGGUUUCUGGACGCCAUUCUGAACUUCCUGCUGGUGUGGUAUUACUGCACAUUAACCAUCAGGGAAAGCAUCCUCAUCACAAAUGGCUCCAGAAUCAAAGGAUGGUGGGUUUUCCAUCACUACAUCUCCGCCUUUUUGUCAGGUGUCAUGCUCACAUGGCCUGAUGGCCACCAGUAUAAGGUCUUCCGUAACCAGUUUCUGGCCUACUCUUUAUAUCAAAGCUUUGUUCAGUGUCUGCAGUGCUACUAUCAGAGCGGAUGUCUCUACCGGCUCCGAGCCUUAGGAGAGAGACACAACAUGGAUCUGACUGUGGAGGGAUUUCAAUCGUGGAUGUGGAAAGGUCUGACGUUUCUGCUGCCCUUCCUCUUUUUAGGCCACUUCUGGCAGCUCUACAAUAGCCUGUGUCUCUUCCGAAUGGCUGGGCUCCCAGACUGUAAAGAAUGGCAGGUUCUGAUGUGCGGACUCUGUUUUCUGGUGCUGUUCAUGGGAAACUUCUUCACAACUCUUGCUGUUGUGAAGCAGAAGCUGAAGAAGAGGAAUGAGAAACAAAAGACCCGCUAAUAAAUUCAAUGAAUAUCAUUUCAAAAUUCAAGACAUCCUCAGUGUACUGUGUUUAAAUCCAUCAUGAAGCAUUCAACUAUCAUCGUCCUUGUUGAAUUCCAUUUCUAUUGUGCUGCAUGAAAAUAAA